GCUUGAAUAAAGUUAUUUUUUCAUUUGUGUUGUUCUAAUUUAGUUUUUCUCAUGUUUUAAAUUAUGAAUAGAAACUUAGUUUUUUGUGGUCUAUUAAUAAUACUUGCUUUCUCUGGUGAUUAUAUUUUAAAUUAUUCACUGAUUGUAAUAUCCUAAACAGUUGUUUUUUUGAUCUAAUUAAUUGAUAUAAUUAUUCCCUUGAUGAAUACUCAGGAGAAACUUUAGAAUAAAACGAAUAUAAAAUAUUAAUUAUUUUGUACGUAGGUGCCGUUUUGGCAAAUGAAGAAUCCGAAGACAAUCCUGAAAUUGACGCUGAUAUUGGACGAAGUAGAGAUGGUUCGAGAACUGACGACGAAGUUAUUCAAAGGUUCGUGAAAUCCUUCCAUAUGGCUCCAUCUGCCGAUGCUAUCACCUGAGAUUAGGGAAGAAGAGGCGAUAAAAUUAGAUGGUUUAAAUGUUGCUCAGUUGAAACAUAUGAGAGAAAAAGCAGAGAAACAUACAUUUCAGGCGGAAGUCGACAGAAUGAUGAGGCUCAUCAUUAACUCCCUUUACAAAAACAAGGAAAUUUUUUUGAGAGAACUAAUUUCUAACGCUUCCGACGCUUUAGAUAAAAUGCGCUUCCUUUCAUUGACCGACAACACCGUAAUGGACAGUCUUGAUGAACUGUCAAUUAGGAUUAGGGCUGAUAAAGAGAAUAAUAUGCUUCAUAUUACAGAUACCGGUAUUGGUAUGACAAAAAGCGACUUAGUUAAUAAUUUAGGGACAAUUGCAAAGUCGGGAACGUCAGAAUUUUUAACAAAAAUGGGAGAGGCCGCUAACCAACAACAAAUGUCCGAUAUGAUCGGACAAUUUGGUGUUGGAUUCUAUUCUGCUUUCUUAGUAGCUGAUAAGGUUAUCGUAACUUCCAAACACAACGACGAUGACCAAUACAUUUGGGAGUCGGAUGCCCAUAGCUUUUCGAUUAUCAGAGAUCCAAGAGGUAAUACUCUGAAACGUGGAACGACCAUUUCCUUACAUAUGAAAGAAGAAGCUCAAGAUUUCCUAGAAAAUAGCACAAUUAAAGAUUUAGUUAUCAAAUACUCGCAAUUUAUUAAUUUUGAGAUAUACCUAUGGGAAUCUAAAAUGGAAAAAGUCGAAGAAACUGUAGAUACAACUGCUGAAGAAGGGCAAAGCGUUGAUGAAGAUGGUAUUGUUGAGGAAGUUGAAGAGGGAGAAAAGACUAGAUUUGUAGAGAAAGCUGUUUGGGAUUGGAAGUUAUUAAAUAACAAUAAACCGAUCUGGUCUCGCAAACCCUCAGAGAUCGAAGAUACAGAAUACGCCGACUUUUAUAGAUCUUUUUCGAAAGACUACACUGAUCCGUUAGCACAUAGUCAUUUUACUGCUGAGGGAGAGGUCACCUUUAAAUCAAUUUUAUUCAUUCCAAAGAACUCUCCACGUAAUAUGUUCGAAGGUUAUGGGAAGAAAAUGGACCAAAUUAAAAUGUAUGUUAGGAGAGUUUUCAUUACAGAUAAUUUUGAGAAUAUGAUGCCAAAAUAUUUGGCCUUUGUAAAGGGUGUUGUAGACAGUGACGAUUUACCAUUAAACGUCUCAAGAGAGACGCUACAGCAGCAUAAAUUGUUGAAAGUAAUUAAAAAGAAAUUAAUUAGAAAAACAAUUGACAUGAUAAAAAAGAUGACAGAAGACGACUUUGACGCAUUUUGGAAAGAAUAUAGCACUAAUAUAAAAUUAGGCGUUAUUGAAGACAGCUCAAAUAGAACUAGGUUAUCGAAAUUGUUAAGAUUUCAGUCCUCAAAUUCUAAGACGAUCAAAACUUCUAUUACCGAAUAUAUUGAAAGAAUGAAAGAAAAUCAGGAAUCGAUUUUUUACAUAGGCGGUUCUUCUAGAGACGAAGUCGAAAAAUCUCCGUUUGUAGAGAGAUUAUUAAAGAAGGGUUACGAAGUCCUGUUUCUUACUGAACCAGUUGAUGAAUAUUGUAUUCAAAAUUUACCAGAAUAUGAAGGUAAAAAAUUUCAAAACGUUGCCAAAGAAGGCUUGAAAUUUGACGAAUCCGACAAAUCUAAGGAAAUGCUGGCUGCUACAGCAAAAGAAUACCAGUCGUUAACUGACUGGCUAAAGGAGGAUGCUCUUAAGGACAAAAUCGAAAAGGCGACCGUUUCUGAGAGGCUUUCUAGUUCACCUUGCGCUUUAGUCGCUUCGUCUUACGGUUGGUCUGGCAAUAUGGAGAGAUUGAUGAAAGCUCAAACUUAUCAGAAAUCAAAUGAUCCUUCCACGCAAAUCUAUGGCAAUCAACGAAAAACCUUUGAAAUUAACCCUCAUCACCCCAUAAUUAAAGAAUUGAAAAGAAGAGUCGAAGAAGAUAAAGAGGAUCAAACAACAAAGGAACUUGCAAUAGUAUUAUACGAAACGGCUAUACUGAGAUCUGGCUUCUCCCUUAGUGACACUUUUGACUUUGCUCAAAGAAUUGAAAAUGUACUCAAACUAUCCAUGGACCUGCCAAUAGAUGGGAAAGCGGAGUAUUACCCGGAAGGGAAUAUGAAGGAAGAAGAAGAAGAAGAAGAAGAAGGAGAGGAAGUAGAAAGCGAAGAUAAGGAAACCAUAGAGGAUGAAAAUGAUAAUGAAAAGGUAAAUAAAAGAAAGACAUAAAAGAGAAGUAAUAAAAUAUUCAUUAGCCUAUCGUAAUGGAUAUUUAUUCUUUGGUUUUAUUACUUAUAAAAAGAAAAUCCUUUUUUUUCUCUCUCUCUACAGCGCACCAGAAUAGAAUUAUAAAUAUAGCAAAGGAAACACUAGCAAGGAGUAUCUAUAUUUACAAAUCGAACCUUUUAGUUUCAACCGUUUCUAUGGGACUUUUUUGUUACAUACUUCAUCGAACGUUCAAUCAAAGACUCAGUUAUUUAUAAUAAUAAUAUAAAUAUUUGCUAUCGAUAUGUGUGCUGUAGGCAUGCAGGAAAUAAUCCUAUUAAUUAAUAAAAGAGUUCUUGUACUUCAAACACGCCAGCUGUUUGUUAAUUUUUAAGCUUGACGGUAACAAAAAAUUAUAAAACUAACUAGUUUGUUAACUUUUUUUUUCUGCUAUUUUUUUUUUUGUUUAUAUUAG